AUGAUCCCCAACUAGCUGAGGGUCAGCCCUCAGAUAUCCAGGCAGGAAGAAGAGACAAUGGACUCUGAGCAGGAUAAAGACUGUACCACUUCAGGGCACGGCCAGGGGCUGAAGUCAGAGUCCUCUUCCCAGACGGACUCUCUCUUACCUUCCCCCAGUGUGUCUCUGAUAUCACAGCUCCUCAGCCACCCAAUGGCUAGUAGGAGCCUGGAUGCUGCCAUCCUUUUCCCUUCUUCUCUGGCAGUGGCCCUGCCUCAGGACUACAAUUAUGAUGCAUCUGCUGGAGAAGAUGAGCAAGCCCUGGCGUUGCCCAGGACCCAUGUCCCAGCUUCUGUGCCCUGUGCUGGUGAGAGGGACCAGGUCUCCAGCCAGCACCUACAGGACCAACUCCCUGAGCAUCAUUUACGAGCCAAGCGGGCCAGGGUGGAGGGCAUCAUCCAAGGCAUGAGCCUCCCACCAACCCCUCACAUGUUUGGCAUCAGCCUGGAGGCAGCUUUCGGGCAUGAGAGAGAGAUGGUUGGUGAGAUGCCCUGGGAAAGCAAGAGAAAGCUGAGGGUGCCCCAGGAGGGCACAGGGACAGCCAGUCAAGUGGCCCCUACAGGGAAGAGCCACCAUGCCGAGGGUUGCCAGCAGCUGAAGGAGCAGCUCUGCAUUUUAGAGCAGCAGCUGAGGAGGCUUCAGGAGAGGUUCUCCCAGGUCUAUGACUCUAGAGAUGCUGCUCAAACCCAGGAAGGUGCUGAGAAAGUGCAUCCACUGCCUGGGAAGCCUGAAGACAAACUGGAUAAGGACAGUGCUACCAGUGAGCCACAAAAAGCACCUCUCUGGAGGAACAUCCUGGAGGUGCGUGGGCCAGAGGAGGAGGAAGACAGAGGUGACACGGGUAGCCUGCCCUCUGCAGAGGUGGUCCUCUCACAGGCAUUGAAGCAUGAGCUGUCUAGGGUGAUGUCCCGAGUGGUGGACAGUGUUCUGAAGACCGUCUGGCCAAAGGCAGCCAGUCACCUCCUGCAGCAGCACCGCAACCUCCUGGUGCCAGGGCCAGAUGCCAGGAAAGAGUAUUUUUCUGCUGGGAAAUGCAGAAAGCCACUUGCUAAGCCAUCUCCCAUAGAUGCACCAGGCUCACUGGGCUCACCCCAGGCCAAGACCCUGUCAGGAGCUUUAGGGGAGAGCCUAGGCUCUCAUAGGGUCUCCUUCAGUUCCAAGGGGGACAAAAAGGCCUCUCAGAUACCCAGCAUGGGUUAUUCACUGGGCUCGACUGUCCCCACUCAAGGCAGCCGUCUGCUGAGCCAUCUGCUGGGCUAUAGCCAGCACAGUCUCUGGAGCAGCAGCUCUUCUGGGAGCCCCUCUGACACAGAGAGGGGUCCCUCAGAGCCCCUUGACUUGCACUGGGGAACUGUCAAACUGAGAUCAUCAGUUGUGAGACAGCAGCAGCAACAGCCCCUGCCUCUGAGCCCUGCUGACAUGGAGAGCCUAGCACUGGUACCAGCUGGCAGGGAUGGCCACAGGGAGCUGCAGGCUGUGAUUGACAGGCGGCCUUUUGCCUCCACCCAUAUACAGGAGGCGCUGACCCCCAGCCACCUGAAGAAGGCCAAGCUGAUGUUUUUCUUCACUCGCUACCCUAGCUCCACUCUGCUGAAGACCUACUUCCUUGAUGUGCAGUUCAACCGCUACAUCACCUCGCAGCUCAUCAAAUGGUUCAGCAACUUCCGCGAGUUUUACUACAUCCAGGUGGAGAAGUUUGCCCGGCAGGCGCUGCUGGAGGGCGUCGCGGAUGCUGGCACCCUUGAGGUCUCCCGGGACUCAGAGCUUUUCCGUGCCCUGAACAUGCACUAUAACAAGGGGAAUGACUUCGAGGUGCCGGGGCGGUUCCUGGAGGUGGCCAGCCUGACGCUGCGGGAGUUCUUCACGGCCAUCAAGGCGGGCAAGGACGCCGACCCCUCCUGGAAGAAACCCAUUUACAAAGUAAUUUCCAGACUGGACAGUGAUAUCCCAGAAGGGUUCAAAGCCACUGGCUGCGCCCAGGAACUGCUCCGCAGCUGAGGCUCUCUGAAUGCAGCCACCAUCUGCUCAGUGCCUCACGGGCGUUUUGUACAGCAUUCGUUGUUCCAAAUAUUUUGUGUCUGGCGUGUAGAGCAGCUCCUUGGAUGAGGGCUAUCACAUGCCUCAGAUGCCGGGAUUUUAUGCUGUGUGUUUUAUUCACCUGCUCAGAUCCGGUGGGGUCCUGCUGGAAACCCUUGGAUGAGAGGGAUGGAAAUUAAGCCAUCAGACUCCAGCCCGGGAAGUUGCCCUGCCCCAGCUCUUCCAGUGAUGCUGGGUGAUAUGGCUUCCUUCUCUUCUCCAGAAGGCUACAGACCAUGGCAAGCAGGCAGAAGUCCCAGCAGUGGGCAAAACCUUCUUGGCACAGAAGACCAAUGGAGGUGUCCAGAUCAACAGCACACCUCGCUUUCUGUCCAGAUACAACACAUCAGUGUCCAAAGAAAACAGCUAGUGAAUUCUAGCAUUUCAAGCACUCCGUGGGGAUAGCUGACCCUGUCUGAGAGGUGUAAAACCAGUGUUUAUUUUAUCCAGCAUGAACAACACUCCUUCCUGCCUCCCCUGUGCUGUUUGGCAAGGGCCACCCACCAGGCAGCUGUACACUGUGGCCAAGCAGGUGAGUGUAUGCUGGUGGAAGCAGCCCAGAAGUGACCACUCACUAGCAGUGCCUCUGAUGCUGGAGGAGUGCAGGGUGUGGAGGCUGCAAUGCUCAGCCCCACAACUGGCCCCCAUCAGCCCAUCACCCGCAAGGAGAGUGCCAUAUUUAAUGCCCACUCAAACACCCUCAUGCUGUGCUUUGUAAACUGGCCAAGCUGCCCAUAGUGAAAGAGGAACACAUCCUUCAGGACCUGUCAGUCCCUGAGGGUUUUAACAGAAACCAGUAAGGAGGUGGCC